UAAUUAAAUACCAUAUAAGCAAAGCUAAUUAAUAUCCAUUGAACCACAAGUCAUUGCGUUAACUAUUCUAUCAGGCAUUGAAAUUAAUAAGCUAAAUCUGAUGUGUGACAUUUUAUAUUUUUUAGAAGUCAAAAAAAUGCUGAAGUAUUUGCUAAUUAUAAUAGCGACAGUGGCUUCCGAACCUUGUCCUUAUACGUAUGGAAACCAGCGAUACGAACGAAUUGCAGUACUGACCAUCAAAGGCCUUCCUACUAACUUAGUUGUGAAUCCAAACACAAGAGAUCUAUUCUUUACAUUGAUAGAUAUAGAUUCUCUACAUAACGAUGACGAACAGACCAAAAUGGAUCAAUACGUUCUCAGGAAUGGUAUGCCGAUCAAAAUUGACAACGUCAACGGUCAAGCAGCAGCUGUGGAUGCUAAAAAUAAUAAAGUCUAUAUAGCAAGUGAUGACGGUCUCAAUGUACUAAACCAAACAGACAGAGCCAAUUUCGUGAGUAUGAAAGACGAAGACAUAGUUUUACUAUUCAAACCGCAACACAACGAUGAAUUAUACGCUGUAUUAUAUCCUGAGAACGAAGUGUAUACGAUUAAUUUGAAGAAAAAUGAAAAGAACAAGAUUGAAGACGUCCCGUGCGCUUUCAUACUUGCAGUCGAUGCUCAAGACAAUAUUUAUUAUGAAUGUAACACUAAAUAUGUAAAAGUACUAUUAAAAGAUUUCCACGAACCCAUUGAGUUUGUAGGUAUCAGCAAGAAUAGUGCUAGAGCAAUGGCUGUGGAUAAUAACAAUAGAGUUAUUUUAGCAGCCAAUGACGGACUGUAUCUUCUAAGACCUGACAAUCUCGUACCAAAGAAAUUAAUGAACUUAGAUUUUGUACCGUCAGGAAUAGCUUUUGAUGAGGACGAUAUAUUCUUAGCUACUAACAGUGUUAUUUAUAAAUACAGUGCUGAUGAAUGUGAAUAAACAAUUUAUAUAAUUCAUAGUUAUUAUAUAUUUAAACCUUUAUAGACUAUUGUUAAUGUUUUUUCAAUUAUUUAUUCCUUUAAAGCUCUAAAAAGAAUAUUGAAAACUAGUAGGAAUGAAUACUGAAAAUAAGAACCAAUGGAUAUAUAAUAAAAAAUUAUAAAAUAUAAUAAUAAAUGGUAUAAAAAGACUUAAGCAAAAAUCAUUAAGCGAAAGAACAAAUUUAAAAAUAUGACAAAAAAUCUUAUCAAAAAGGAUGGUGUCUUUCCAGCCACUCGCCAACAAAUAUUAAAGAUAUUAACUCCUUAUAUUUUUUUAGUAGCAAAACUAUAGUUGAAAGGUAAAGUCUAUAUUUAAAAUUGGUGGCAUUUCGAUUAUGCCUGAAUAGAUUUUGUUUGC